AUGGGAAGGAGAUCGGAACCUAUUGGGAACAAGUGGAAUGCCAUUGCAGAGAAAGAAAUCAGCAAUAUAGGUGCACCAUCUACAACUUGGAUCACUUGGGUACGAGAUGCUGUUGCGGGAUCGCCUGCAUUUGAAAUAGUGGCAUGGUUGGUCACUGAACAUAACUGUAAUGGUUCUGCGUCUAUUCCAGUUGCAAUGGGUACUGCCUAUGUUGUUCUAGUUAAAAAAGCAGGUAUUGAACCAUUCGAAUCUAUUCUUAUCCAUAAUUCAACUGGUGGUGUCGGUCUGACAAUGUUCAAUCUCCUCAAACACCAACAACACACUGGCAAGGUGUUUGUGACAGUUGGAUCAGAUGAAAAGAAACAAUAUCUCGAACAACAAUACGGAUCACUCAUCACUGCCCUACUCUUUUAA